UGUGCCUUUGCCUUCCUGAUGCAGGUGGGCAAGUGGGAGAACCAGAGCCUGAGCCUCAGGCACGCCGUGUGGCCAAGGUACAAGUCCUUCUCAGACUGCGAGCCAGACGACAAUCAUCUGAGCAUCGUCACCCUGGAGGAGGCCCCCUUUGUCAUCGUGGAAGACAUCGACCCGCUGACCGAGACAUGCGUGAGGAACACUGUGCCGUGUCGGAAGUUCGUCAAAAUCAACAAUUCAACUAACGAGGGGAUGAAUGUUAAAAAGUGCUGCAAGGGGUUCUGCAUCGAUAUCCUGAAGAAGCUCUCCCGCACCGUGAAGUUCACCUAUGACCUCUACCUGGUGACCAACGGGAAGCACGGCAAGAAAGUUAACAAUGUGUGGAACGGAAUGAUCGGUGAGGUGGUCUAUCAACGGGCGGUCAUGGCGGUCGGCUCGCUCACCAUCAAUGAGGAGCGUUCUGAGGUGGUGGACUUCUCUGUGCCCUUCGUGGAGACAGGGAUCAGUGUCAUGGUUUCAAGAAGCAAUGGCACGGUCUCACCUUCUGCUUUUCUAGAACCGUUCAGCGCCUCCGUGUGGGUGAUGAUGUUUGUGAUGCUGCUUAUCGUGUCCGCCAUAGCUGUUUUCGUCUUCGAGUACUUCAGUCCCGUUGGAUACAACAGGAGCUUAGCCAAAGGGAAAGCACCCCAUGGGCCUUCUUUCACGAUUGGAAAAGCUAUAUGGCUCCUCUGGGGCCUGGUGUUCAACAACUCCGUGCCCGUCCAGAACCCCAAAGGUACCACCAGCAAGAUCAUGGUGUCCGUGUGGGCCUUCUUCGCCGUCAUCUUCCUGGCCAGCUACACAGCCAACCUGGCCGCUUUCAUGAUCCAGGAGGAAUUUGUGGACCAAGUGACCGGCCUCAGUGACAAAAAGUUUCAGAGACCUCACGACUAUUCCCCACCUUUCCGAUUUGGCACGGUGCCUAACGGCAGUACCGAGAGAAACAUUCGUAAUAACUACCCCUACAUGCAUCAGUACAUGACCAAAUUCAAUCAGAAGGGAGUGGAAGAUGCCUUGGUCAGCUUGAAAACUGGGAAACUGGACGCUUUCAUCUACGAUGCUGCGGUCUUGAAUUACAAGGCUGGGAGAGAUGAAGGCUGCAAGCUGGUGACCAUCGGGAGCGGGUACAUCUUCGCCACCACUGGCUACGGAAUUGCUCUCCAGAAGGGCUCCCCUUGGAAGAGGCAGAUUGACCUGGCCCUGCUCCAGUUUGUGGGUGAUGAGACCUUGGAGAUGGUGAAAACGCAAGAAGUAAGUGCUGUAGAACGUGUAAGCGUCAGCCUGCACAGCGACCACAGUAUGGAACACAGGGACAUCCUGUGCGUGGAUGACUGUGACAGGCACACAGACGUCACUCAUACACAGAAUGGCAGCUUUGAUGCCAUCCACCCAUAG